AUGAUGAUCGGAGAAGGACACCGUGCUCUGCCGGCGAUCCACAUCCCGCCAUGGCCGGCGUACGAGGAGGCGGCAGGAGGGGUGGCCUAUUCGCUGCCUGUCAGCGGCGUCAUCAGCGGAGCCGGCGAUGGAGGGAGCUGCUCCUCCCCAUACCUGUUCGGUGAGGGGGCGAUGGCCGCUCUUCAGCGAUUCCUUCCGUCAAAUGAAUCAUACCUCUCAGAUGAUGCGGGGGACGAGUCCGAUAUCUCGCUGGCGCCGCCGGUGGAUGCGUACUCCUGCGAUGAAUUUCGGAUGUACGAGUUCAAGGUGAGGCGGUGCGCAAGGGGACGGUCGCACGACUGGACGGAGUGCCCCUACGCGCACCCCGGCGAGAAGGCGAGGCGGCGGGAUCCUCGCAAGUACAACUACUCCGGCACCGCCUGCCCCGAUUUCCGCAAGGGGAGUUGCAAGAGAGGAGAUGCCUGCGAGUUCGCACAUGGAGUGUUUGAGUGCUGGUUGCAUCCGACGAGGUACCGGACCCAGCCUUGCAAGGACGGCACGGGCUGCCGCCGCCGCGUGUGUUUCUUCGCCCACACGGCGGAGCAGUUGAGGGUGCUGUCUCAGCCUCAGCAGCAGCAGCAGCAGAGCCCGAGGACGGCGGUGGGAACGGACUCCUACGAUGGAUCCCCGCUGCGGCACCAGGCGCUCGACGCGUGUUCCAGGAGCUUGCUCAGCUUCCCCACGUCGACUCGGCACUCGCCCCCCAUUUCGCCGCCGUCUGACUCGCCGCCCUUAUCCCCCGAAGGCCGCUCCCCCGUCCGGAUCUCGGUGCCAUUGUCAUCAUCGGUGAACGAUAUUCUGGUUUCCCUCAGGCAACUGCAGCUGAACAAGGUGAUGUCCUCCCCGAGCUCCUGGGGGUUGCAGACCCUCGGCAUCGGCUCCCCCCGAGGGUUCAACGUGAGCCCCGCCUUCUCCAGCCUUCCCGCGACCCCAAAUCGCGCAUCGCCGGCGACUCGAGGGGUGCUGUUCGAUGGUUGGGACGGCCCUACGGAGCGGGUGGAGUCGGGGAGAGAUCUGAGAGCCAAGAUCUACGAGAAGUUGAGCAAGGAGAACUCGCUGGAUCGGCAGGAAGAGAUCGAAUCCGGUGGGCCUGGCGGGGCGGUGAACGUGAACCCUGAUGUGGACUGGGUUUCCGAGUUGGUGAAGUGA